CGCUCACUGAAACCGGUCGCGCGCUCCAUAGGUGAUCCGGAGAGCGCGAGGAGGAGGAGGUGGAGAAGCAAAAGAAGACUAAAAAAGUUUGAAAGUCGAGGAAGUAAAAAGUUCAUCUGUACCGGUAAGUUUGUUCGACUCACCUUUACACGCACGAAACGAGUCGGUUAGUCGAGUUAUUUCACCUGUUCGAGGGGAGAGAGGUGUGAGACCGCGGCAGACAGGUGUGACCGGGUUCCUGUUGAUGUCGACAUGCUCGUGGCGACUUUAGAAACUCUGCAGCCGAGAAUUUUGUCGAAACAAGAAAGCGAUUAACCGAGUGAUCGACGCGGCGGUUAUUAUUUCUUUGUUUUUAAAGCGAAAAGUCGUUUUGAAACUUGAAUACCUGGUGUGUGUUUUUUUUUAGUUCUGGAUGAUUUAAGAGUCUUUUUCAGGGUUGGUCAGUUCUUCUGAAGGCGUUGAGAAGACUGUGUGUUCUCCGGUUAAUCGGUCAUAUUCAGAUAAUUUCAGCUGCACAAGAAACAGACAAUUAACGAACAUCUUCUUUUGUGUGAUUAUCACUAAAAAUAACCAGUGAGGAAUGAGUUUACACGUUUCUUCCUGGUUUUAAAAGGUGAAUUUUCGGUUAAUUCGGUUAAAACUUUCUGCUCUAAUCGAUAAGAGGUGAUUACUUCCUCAUUAAUUCAGACUUUAAGAUGAAGCUGAUAGUAAAAACGUUCUCAUAGAUGCAGGAUGAGGUCUGUGUAGCCCCCUCUCUGUCUCUCUGUCUCUCUGUCUGUCUGUUGGAGAGUCUUGUGGCGGUGAAUCAGCUCUAAUUUGGGGGAAAUUGAGUUCUCAUGGUCUUAACUUCGUUACAGUUAAAGUCUGUUAUUCUGCGGGGCCGUAAACAGGACAUGACAUGCAGAAGCAGAAAUACAAAAAAGAGACACACCAAAAAAUCAGCUUCAUCAUCCUGACAUGUUAGAGAGUAAGAAAAAGGAGAAGAUGUGUUUAAGACAGGAGAGAGACCGCCAAAAUAAAGUCCAAACACCUGCAGAGGAAAGUUAACGACAGUAAUAAUUAUAAAUGUUUAUUUUUAAUGCGCUUACAGGGGCUCAAAGACGCCUUACAAAUAAAUAAAAUUAAAAAAAACCACACAAUUAAAAAUUCAAAAAGAAUUUAAAUUAAAAAAAAAAGAGAAGACAUGUUUGUUUAAGACCGCCAAAAUAAAGUCCAAACACCUGCAGAGCAAAGUUAACGACAAUAAUAAUUAUAAAAAUGUUUACUUUUAACGCGCUUUUACAGGCGCUCAAAGACGCCUUAACAAAGAAAGAAAUAAAAUAAAAAAACACAAUUUAAAAUACAAAAAUUUUGAGAAAUAAAACAAACAAUGUAAAAAGUGAAAAAAGACUCAAAAUUAAAAAAACAAAACAAAAGAAGAAUUCACAGGUUUAAUUUAAAAUACAAACAUUUUGAAAAUGAUAAAAAUGCAAAAGAUGAAAAAGACUUUAAACAAACUUCAAUAAAACUGGACUCACAGCACCAUCUUUUUCUGGUACUUUAAUUGUGUUUAUUGUAUAUAGUUUUAUUUUCUUUUUCCUUUUUCUAAAUUUUUUCGUAAUUAUAACAUUUAUUGAAGUUCUUAAUAUUACGAUCUUUAUUUUUAUAACUGCAUUUUUGCACUAUUCUGAAGACACAAAAUGAAAAGACGAUAAAAGAAGAGUUGGCAGGUUUAAUUCGAAAAGACGUGUUUUUAAAAGAUAACGUCAUAAUUUCGCAGUUUAUGUAAAUUAUUAAAACUAUGAAACCAGAGGAAAGAGUCGUCUCCUCAGGUAGGGCUGGGCGAUACGAGAAAACGUUUAUCAUGAUAAUUUUUUUUCAUAUCAGUCGAUAUCGAUCAGUAUCAGGAUAUAAAAAUGAAAUUUAACAGUGUUUAUUGGUCGCAUGUCUUUUGAGAUGUCUUUGUGUCUCUUUGACGUUUUGUCGUAAGGCGUCGCUCUAGAGAAAGCCGACUGAAUGGUCGUCUGUUUCGGCUCCUCGCUCCUCUCGGGGUUUGUAACCUUUAGCGUUGAGCCUUCAUGGUCAUUUCUGUCGGGGGUAGCACUCAUUUUCUUUGUUUCUCACCAACAGUGCUGUCGGCUUCACCUGUUAAAGUGCUAUGGUUGGGUGGAGCUGCUGUCUGCUACGACGCUGCAGUUGGUUGAUACGAAUGACGACAACUGAAAAGUGUAUUGAUCAUGUUUUAUGUUGAUAUUGAGGGAAAUUAAUUUUUGAUAUAUAUCCUCCUCAUUUUAUCGCCCAGCCGUACUUACAGGAUGUCGGACAGGUGCGCCGGCUAAUGGACGUUAAAAAUAUCGUCUAGUUUCAACUUUAAAAACCAAAUCUGAGGCUGAAAUGUUUCACAGGAAUCAAAGCGGUUCAGAGAUGAACCAGGAGAACGAAAAACAUGAGAAAUGAGUAAAAAUACAGACGUGUGUUCAGAAACUAAACCUUCAUGUCAGUGAGAGGUGAGUUAAAAAGAGGUUUACCCUGAGACUCCAACACACGUGUGUGUGUGUGUGUGUGUGUGUGUGUGUGUGUGUGUGUGUGUGUGUGUGUGUGUCGGCACACAUUCACGUUUGUGUGAAGAGUCGGUGGAGCAGUAGAAAGUAUUUCACAUUAGAGAGAGACAUGACUCGGGUUCAGCUGGACUCAGACCAGGACCGACUCGGUCUUUGACUCUUCAGGACUGUUUUUGUUUGAGCAGAUCUAAACCAGGGAGUCUGUAAACCUCCUCAGAAAGAACCAGACAGUUAGCUUUAUUCAUUUAUGUUUAAAUAUAUCUAUUUCAUUUUUAUUAAUUUCUUUUUCUUCUUCUUUCUCUUCUGUAUCCAAAGGGAAUAAUGGGGAGGGUUAGAAAUUAUGUGGUAAAAAAAAAAAAAAAAAGCUGACAUUUUAUUUUUGGUGUUGUAUCAAUAUAAAAUAAGAAAAGAUGUUUUUAAAAAAAAAAAAAAAAAAAAAGCAAACCACCAGACAUUUAUCUUUAUUUAUUUAUUUAUAGGUAUAUUUAUUAUGUGUAUUUAUUUAUGUUUUUAUUUUUAUUUUUCUGUCUGUUUUGCGUCCCUGGGGAAUAAUGGGGAGGGUAGGAAAUUAUCUGGGUUUUUUUUCAUUAAAAAAAAAAAAAAAAGAAGAAAAAAAUUAUUUUUAGUUGUUCUAUCAAUAUGAAAUAAAAUAGAUGUUUAAAAAAAAGGAAAGCACCAGACAUUUAUCUUUAUUUAUGUAUUUAUUUAUAAAUAUAUUUACUUAUUUUAUUUUUUAUUUUUUUAUUUUUCUUCCUGUUCUGUGUCCCUAGGAAGUCAUAGGUAUGGUAGGAAAUUAUGUUGUUUAAAAAAAAAAAAAAAAAAAGAGAAAAAUAAAUUAAAUAUGAAAUAAUCAAAAGAUGUUUAGAAAAAAAGAGAGAGAGAUUUAUCUUUAUUUUUUCAUAGAAAGAUAUAUUUAGUUUUUAAAAUUUUUAAUCUUUUUUAAUUUUCUUUGUGUUCGGUGCCCUUGGGGAAUUUUUGGUUGUUACACAAUAUGAAUUAAAAAUGAUGUUGAAAAGAAAAAAAAAAGAAAGCAGACUUAAAACUGGAUUUUACUCUUAGGCUGUGACUGACCUCUGGUUUUCAAAGCCUCAUAAAUACUUUAAAAACCGGUCUGCAUACAGGACUGGGAGCUAAAAUACCUGUGUUCUUGAAAAAAUCCAGAUGUUAAAAUGUUUAUUUGUUAAAUCUGAAAUGAUAAAAAUAAAUCAGUAUUUCCAGCUGAAUUUGAAAACAGAUGGUUCAUCCACAGAUCUUUUUAUUUGAAGUCAAACGUUAAAAACUCAAAUAUCCAGAAUCCAGAGUCUGAAACCCGUGUGAGAAAUAUGUCAAACAUCUGAGCAGCGUUUCAUUUUUACCCCCAACUCAGAAAAUCUGCGACUUUCCGUGUCCUGAAGAAGUUUUUUACGACUCCGACUUUUUGUAACCGAGAGCGACAGAAGCCCGAGUUCAUCAGGAACGAGUUUUCAUGGGAAAAGGAGCCGAUUCAGGUCAUCCUCCUCCUGUUCCACCAGGAUGCCGUCCGACCCGUUUUUACCCGGGUCACGGUGUGUGUGUGUGUGUGUGUGUGUGUGUGUGUGUGUGUGUGUGUGUGUGUGUGUGUGUGUGUGUGUGUGCGUGUUAGGAAACAUGUCUGUUGGUGGGCGUGUCACUUUAAGAGGGAGUGCCGCCCUGAGGUAACUUCCAGUCAAACAGCCGAGAUUCAUUCCUACUGUGUGUGUGUGUGUGUGUGUGCGUGUGUGUGUGUGAGUGUGUGAGUGUGUGUGUGUGAAGCAGGUCAGUAACCUGGACUCGAUAAACCGCACUGAUAAGUGAAUUCCUUCAGGUGUUUGUUGAGGAUCCGUCACGUUUCUAAAGAGUUCCUGUUAAAGUCCGAUGGUUACCUCGGAAACGCUUCGAUACUGAGGGACCGGGUCCACUCGUAAAAAAAACGUGAUAUCCGAUCUUUAUGAGGUCGGCUGAUAACAGUUUUUACAGGAGCUCACUGACGAGAAGUAAACAAGUGCAUGAGAGGGAACCAGGUUUUAUACGGACCGACCAGGGAUCAGUCCCAAUCAGCUGUUCAGAUUCUGUGAUUAAUCCGGAUCAAAAACGAACGAACGAACGAAUCCUUUUCUUUACUCUUUAAAGGGAUAUUCCGGCGCAAAAUUAAGACACCGUAACACUAAGUUAGACACCUCCUCCAGAGAUGGAUGUUGCCGUAAUGUUGUUGUUCUAUAUUCAGAGUUGUCCUAACUCCUAAGAAAGUUUCUCCACUUCUGUAGUCUAUAAGCUGGGCCAAGAAACUUCUACUGUAGUAAAAUGAAAAGGUAAAGGUGUUUUUAUUGAGCCGAAUUAUCAAUAAAAUGAUGAUUUUGUUAACAGGUAUGGAUUUAUGUGCUGUCGAGUUAAUAUAUUUGAACAAGAGCACAGUAAAGUUAAUCAGCUAAUUUUCCAAUGAGGUUCUGUUACUGAACGGAACUACACCAUGUUCUACUGAGGUUAGUACAUAUAGGGUCACAGACAUAGUACUAGACACCAAACAUCUUUUUAACUUUGACUCAUUUCUUUAGCAAAGAGACUAAACACAACUCACCUACUCUCUUCCAGCAGCUGCUUUUUUGUAGUGAGACCUCAGGCCAGUCCAUUACAGACUACAGCGGGGUGCCGCAGCUCAAGGAAGAACAUUUAUGAUCAUUUCUUUAUCAUUUCCUUGAAGUAAUAAUCAUCAUAUUAAUCAUUUUACAGACUCAGUAGUUCUUCUGUCUUGGUCGGUCUGAUUGUAUUUCCAUGAAGAAAUGAUCUUAAAUGUUCUUCCUUGAGCUGCGGCACCCCGCUGUAGUCUUUAAUGGACUGGCCUGAGGUCUCUCUACAAACAAGCGUCUGCUGGAAGAGAGUAGGUGAGUUGUGUUUAGUCUCUUUGCAAAAGAAAUGAGUCAAAGUUAAAAAGAUGUUUGGUGUCUAGUACUAUGGCUGUGACCCUAUAUGUACUAACCUCAGUAGAACAUGGUGUAGUUCCGUUCAGUAACAGAACCUCAUUGGAAAAUUAGCUGAUUGAACUUUACUGUGCUCUUGUUCAAAUAUAUUAACUCGACAGCACAUAAAUCCAUACCUGUUAACAAAAUCAUGAUUUUAUUGAUAAUUUGGCUCAAUAAAAACACCUUUACCUUUUCAUUUUACUACAGUAGAAGUUUAUUCUGGCUUAUAGAGGUGGAGAAACGCCCCCGCUUAAGUUUAUGUUUCUUAGGAGUUGAAACAACUCUGAAUAUAGUACUAUGUCUGUGACCCUAUAUGUCCUGUUGAUGAAGUUAGGUGCUGUUCUGAGCAUUAUUUGUGCGUUUUUACUGAUUUUUGAGGAACUCUUAUCGUGUGUGAAGGUUCCUGAAGUGCUUACUCAGGAGAAACACCUGCUGAGAAGGUCUGAACCAGAACCAGCAGAUCUAUAAACCUGAACAGACGUCCCACAUGUCUUAGCGGUCUCUCAUAAUCUCCUUGUUAAUUUCUUCAUGUUUUCUUCUCAGUGACCAAUCAGCUCCUCCUGUGUGACCUCCUGGAAUCGAUCACCUUAUUGACCCUCAAUCAGCGGCAGACUGAUCAAUGAUCCUGGACGCCCUCUGACUGAUAACCUCUGUUGACCCCUGAUCCUGGAUUAGCAAACUCGUCUGGACCAGAUAAGACUGUGAUUGGUCGAGACUCUCGCUGAUCAAUGGCGGCAUCAGAACUGAUACAAAGUGACGACGAUGUCCGCCCUCACGUGGAAGCGAACGUCACCACGGUGAAUCCUCCCACGCCUCCCCGUCCCCCGAGAGUGUCAAACGGCAACCCGCCACGCCAUUCCUCCUCGCCGUCUCAGCCCGCCGAAACCAACGAGGACAAGAAGCAGCAGGAGCGCAACAAGCUGAGCAGCCUGCUGAUCCACACGCUCAGCAGCAAACUCAAGAAACACUGCGACUACGUCAAGAUCAGCGUGCCGGAGGAGCGGGCCAACCGCCUCCCCGCUGAGUGGUGGAAAACCGGCGUGGCCUUCCUCUACGCCAUAUUCAACCUGGUCUUCACCACCGUCAUCAUCACCGUCGUCCACGAGAGGGUGCCGGAUAAGUCGGUGAGCCCGCCGCUGCCCGACAAGUUCUUCGACUACAUCGACCGAGUCCCGUGGGCGUUCACCGUCACGGAGGUCAACGGGCUGAUCCUGGUCGGACUCUGGUUCGUCCAGUGGCUCUUCCUCAAACACAAGUAAGACCAGGAACCCUGCAGUUCCUGUAAACAGUACUCAGAGUAAAAGGGGACGAGUAGGCGUGGAAAGAAAACUGAUUUUAAAAAGUCUUAGCAGGGGGGGUUUAUCGAUUCACUGAAAUAAUCAGCUGAUGACGCAACUCAUCGGGAAAACUAACGACAAAUGUUACCAGCCACCAAACAUCUUUUUAACUUUGACUCAUUUCUUUAGCAAGAGACUAAACACAACUCACCUACUCUCUUCCAGCAGACGCUUGUUUGUAGCGAGACCUCAGAGCCAGUCCAUUACAGACUACAGCGGGGUGCCGCAGCUCAAGGAAGAACAUUUAUGAUCAUUUCCUUGAAGUAAUAAUCAUCAUAUUAAUCAUUUUACAGACUCAGUAGUUCUUCUGUCUUAGCGUCUCGGUCUGAUUGUAUUUCCAUGAAGAAAUGAUCAUAAAUGUUCUUCCUUGAGCUGUGUCACCCCGCUGUAGUCUGUAAUGGACUGGUCUGAGGUCUCGCCACAAACAAGCGUCUGCUGGAAGAGAGUAGGUGAGUUGUGUUUAGUCUCUUUGCUAAAGAAAUGAGUCAAAGUUAUAAAGAUGUUUGGUGUCUAGUACUAUGGCUGUGACCCUAUAUGUACUAACCUCAGUAGAACACGGUGUAGUUCCGCUCAGUAACAGAACCUCAUUGGAAAAUUAGCUGAUUUAACUUUACUGUGCUCUUGUUCAAAUAUAUUAACUCGACAGCACAUAAAUCCAUACCUGUUAACAAAAUCAUGAUUUUAUUGAUAAUUCGGCUCAAUAAAAACACCUUUGGUUGAGGUUUGUUUAUGGCUCCUCAGACCUCUCUGUAUUGCUAUCGUGCGGUCGUUACCAAAGUUGGUAUAACUAGAGAAGCAAGCGGUCGGCAACAUUCAUCUCUGGGGGGGGGGUCUAACUCGGUGUUACUUAAUUUUACGCCGGAAUAUCCCUUUAAUAUAGCUUAACACUCCUGUUUCUACAUUUGAGCCAAACUACCUUUAAAAUAUUAGUUUAUUUUAAAAAAACUCUUUUUAUACUAACUUACAGAAAACAAGUGUGAUCUUUUAAAAUGUAAACGUCUCUGUUUCCGUACAGAUCAAUCAUCGGCCGUCGCUGUUUCUUCCUGAUCGGGACUCUCUACAUGUACCGCUGUGUCACCAUGUACAUCACCACCCUGCCUGUACCGGGGAAACACAUGGUGUGCGCCCCAAAGGUAGAAAAACAUUCAGUCUAUAUCUGCAUUUACUACUUUAUCCCGACAUCGGAUUCUUGGCUACGACUAAAUCUUUAAUUUUUGAUCAUCUGCGCAGCUUUACAACGACUCGACGGGGAAAAUCUGGAGGAUUCUGAGGCUGAUCUCAGGAGGAGGUAAACAACUUUGACUAUACAAAGAAUCGGAUCAAUAGUUUUCAUCCUGCUAGCAUGAAGGCGGAAUAAUCUAGUAGUGGUAGUUAUAGUAAUAGUUGUAGUUACUCCUAUCUGCCUCUAGGUGGCAGCGUAGUUGAUGUUGUUUCUCAAACGUGUUCCGAUGUUUUAACUCUGGCCCCUCCCCCUCCUCCUGUGUUUGACCGAUGUGUUCAGGUUUGUCUCUGACCGGCUCUCACCUAAUGUGCGGCGACUUCCUGUACAGCGGUCACACGGUCAUGUGUACGCUGUCGUACCUGUUCAUCAAAGAGUGUAAGUAGUACUGCAGUAAAACUUCUGUAUUAUACUGUUCAGGAGUACGAACGUUGAUGGUUGGCACUUCAACAAAUACUCUGUAUCACCUGAAAAAUUUGUCGCAAAUAUAACAGAGUCCUAAAUUAUGCAAGGUGUUAGCAUUUCCAUUUGAACGUUUAGUAACCUACCACAUGGUGGUGCUAGAGGUCUCAUUUUUCAGUUUACUUAACAGUUAAAUAUCGGAAACCACUUUAUGAAAUUUGAGGAUUUUAGCGCUUUCACUUUCUGAUAUAUUAUAUUUUAAAGUUUGGUCCCUGAAACUUGCAUUCACGUUUAAAGCAGUAUAUUAUGGUGGCCGAGAAGUGCCACUGCUGCAAAUAAAACAGAAUACAGCAAAAAAGAAGUCACAACUGAAGUAAUCGAUGCAAAAAAAAAAAGAAAGAAACAGUGCAGAUAAAAAAUUUUUUUUAAAAAAGGAGUUAGUUACUUUUUUAUUUUUUCAUCCUUUUAUUUUCUGGGAAAGUAACUUUUUUUUCCAUUGCCACUUUUUAUUUGUGUCAUUAACUUUCGUUAUGGCCUCUUUUUUUGUUGCAUCCUUUUAUUUUUGCAGUAACAUUUUUUUGCAUCGCCACUUUUUUUUGCGUCGUUAACUUCCGCUGUGGCUUCUGUUUUUGCAUUCUUUUAUUUUAGCAGUAGGUUUGUUUUUGUUGUUAUUUGUUUUUUGCAUGGCCAGGUUUAUUUUGCAUUGUAACUACCAUUGUGGCUUUUUUUUUGCAUCCUUUUUUUUCGCAGUGAGUAACUUUUUUAAAAAAAUUUUUACAUCACCACUUUUUUUUUUGCGUUGUUAAAUUCCUUUGUGGCUUUUUUUCUUGCCUCCUUUUAUAUUUGCGGAAUCUUAAUUUUUUUUUUGCAUCAUUAACUUGUGUUUUGGUUUUUUUCUUAUCUGCACCGCUUCUUAUGUUUUUUAUUUGCAGUAGGCUUUGGUUUCUUUUUUUGUUGUUGUUGCCUCGUUAACUUUUGUUGUGACUUUUUUUUUUUUUUUGCAUUCUUUUUUAUUCGCAGCUGUGGCAGUUCUCGGCCACCGUAGUAUAUAAUCAGUGUCCCCUUUAAAUAGAAAGACAUUAAAUGUGAGAUACCCCUCCUCCUCGUAACUUCCUACAUCUGAAUCGUUGCAGACUCCCCCCGCUGGAUGUGGUGGUAUCACUGGUUCUGCUGGUUCCUCAGCGCCUCAGGGGUCCUCUGUAUCCUCGUCGCUCACGAGCACUACAGCAUCGACGUGGUGAUCGGAUAUAUCGCCACCACCAGGAUCUUCUGGUGGUACCACACUAUGGCCAACACACACGUACGUACACGCAUACAGGUAAUAGCUACAUAGUGGGGACCAUGACGGGGACUUGUGUCACUGUAAGGGGGUCCUUUUUUUAUUUCACUGAGUCCGAUCAAAACAGAAGCUCUUACUUAUUAUUCAAAAAGAAAUAAGAAGUAAAUUUUUAAAAACUAUUUUUAAAGAUAAGUGAGUAAAAAUUCUCUGUUUUAGAUUGUACUAUAGGUAGAAAAUAACACCACAGCAGGAAGUCCGUGCACACUUUUUCUUUUUUUUACAUAAAUCUGUUUGGCAACUUCAGUCCUGACCAAAACUACUAAAUAUAUAUUUUUGAAAAUCAGGAUUUUAACCCUUUAAGUGCCAAUUUAGAAGAUGAACUCAGUGAUAUUGGGAGGAGAAUGAACACAAAAUUACCUGUUUUCAGAUAAUAUAAUUUUCUAUGUCCCAGGUAAAUGGGUGAACCAGGUGAUCAAUAAUAAAAUGACCUAAUUUGAUCCCCUCUGAACAGGAUUGAUCACCCUGACUGUAAAAAUUAUAUUUAUAUAGAGUCAUGUCUCUGCGUUUAAAACAUGUGGUUAUAAUGGGAGUCAAUGGGACAAAAACAGACACAAAGACCAUAAAAGGAAGUUUUUAGAAAAUCUGUUUCUGCACAAAAACUAAAUAUGAAUCAAAACCAAUUAUGUUACUAAUCAAAGACAUGUCCAAGACUGUGAUAACAGGUAAAAAAUGUUCUUUUUUUUAUUGAAAACAGCUCAUUUUGUGUGUAUUUUCCACAUAUCACUAACUUUCUUUUUAAAAUUGGCAUUCAAAUGGGUAAAAUUUAAAAUUUUUUAAAAAUAUUUACUAGUUUUGAUCAAGACUGAGGUUGAUUUAUGCAAAAAAAAUUUGAAAAAAUAUUUAUCUGAUAUAUUUUUACAGCAGUCAAAGUUCGUGGCCAAAAACAGACACUAAGACCAUAAAAGGAAGUUUUUAGAAAAUUUGUUUCUGCAUGAAAACUAAAUAUGCAAAAAAAACAAUUAUGUUACUAAUCUAAGACAUGUCCCAGACUGAGAUAACAGGUAAAAAAUUUCUUUGUCUGAUCAUUUUUUAUAUUGAAAACAGCUGAUUUUGUGUGUAUUUUUCCCCAUAUCUGUAACUUUCUUUUUAAAAUUGGCAUAAAAGGGUUAAAAUUUUGAAUUUUUAAAAAAUAUUUACUAGUUUUGAUCAAGACUGAGGUUGAUUAACAGAUUUAUGCAAAAAAAAUGAAAAUGAAAAAUAAUUUAUCUGACAUAUUUUUACAACAGUCAAAGUUAGUGGCUGAAAACAGUCACUAAUACUUGUAAAGGUAAGUAAAUUUGCUGACAGUUUACUGUUGACCAUUUCAAAAUUUUGAUGUAAUGUUUUUAAAUUAUAUGGAAAAAUAAGAUUGUUCACAAAAAUGAGGCUAUUUGCUGCAAUACAGUGAAAGUUUUUGUCAAAUUAAGAUUAAAAAUUGACUCUUAUUGGACGUUUUUAUCACCAAUACUGUAUCGGGGUUUAAUAACUAACUUCAAAAACGAUUACAUCGACUAUAUUUCUUUUGAUCGUAGAUUUAUUCGUGUGUUUUUUCCUUGAUGUUAAUUGUCGUCCUCUCGUCCGCUCAGUCUCUUCGCCAGGCCUCCAAUAACUUCUUAUCCCGGACCUGGUGGAACCCGAUCUUUAACUUCCUGGAGAAGAACGUCCAGACGACGGUCCCCAUCUCCUUCUCGUGGCCCGUGAACCUUCCGUCGUCCUGCAGACAGCGGUACAGGAUCGUGGAGGGAGGACGGGACGAAUGAGCGGCGUCCAAACCCUCGCUGCUGUUUGUAAAGACGGAGAACUUUGAGAACCAGUAUUUCCAGCUCUCCUCUUACGGAGGAGAAACAACCCUGCAGGUCUGCCACCUGAAUUUUGGGGGUUUACCUGCUGACCAUUCUGAAAGACGGGGGCUCAAAAAUACUCAACAUGGAGUUUCAAGCUCCGGUGACGAACUUACAGUUUUAGCGCCCCUAGUCUGUGACUUGUGGGAAUGUUUGAAUCAGGUCUGUUUGACACUGACGCCCUUGCAGCGUUUUCAGGCAUUAAUUUUAGGAUUUAUAAAUCACCGAUUUAUCGUCGCUGAGGGUCUCGUUAGCUUUCAGAUAUCGUCAAAAAGUUUCUGUGUGAGUUUAAAAAUUUUUCAUUUACGACAAAAAUCUUUUUAGAGGAACUUUAAACUCAAACAUAAUCAUACAAGUCCUAUCACGUUUGCCUGAUGUUACUCGUCUCCUCAAAUAUCUUCAGUCAAAGUCAAUUUCAUUCUUGGUAAUACUUGAUUCUUUGCCGGCGCAAAAACAAACAAACGAGAUUUUUUCAGAUUUCUUUUAAACUGAAAAAAAGUAGCAUCUGUUCCUUUUAGCUCGCUACAGAUAUGUCUUUAAACUCUGGUUAUUAAGAAAUUCAGACGUCUUUUCCGACAAAGUGAGACAAAUAGAAGAAUUCAAAAAUUUCCAGACGACGUCUACAAGGACGUUUUCAACUCAGUGUAAAAAGUGAAGGCUGCUGUUGACUGAAUGUUCCUGGGAAUGUUUCCAAAAGUCUCCCAUGAAACGACACGAAAAGUCCUGAAAUUUUUCGUACGUUUUACGGAUGAUAAAAGUUUCUUACUUUAAACGGAUGAAAGUUACUGAGAGUUCCUGAAACAAACUUUAACAGGGUUUCUGAAUUAAAGAAAAAUGUUCUAAAUAUUGAUUUUCCACAAAUUUUGCACCAAAUCCGAAUUUCUCCAGCUACUCAGAAAUACGAGUAGCUGUAAAUUCAUGAAGGUUUGUUAAAAGUGUCUAAAACGGUCGUAGGUUAGGCUACGUCCAUGACGACAACGAAAAAAUUACAUCUUUGAAAAGUGAGAUUACUCCAAAAGCAACCAGAGGUUAAAUCGCUAGCUACUUAGCAUUCUCAGGGCUAACUUUUAGACGCGUCUUCACUAAGAUGAGUGUUUUUUUUCUCAGUCGGUGCUGUUAGCUUAAUGCUAACCCUCCCCAAAAAAAUACGUAAGUGUUUUUGGAGGUAAAUGCGCCGCAGAGUAAAUUAAAAUGUUUACAUAUCCACAUUGAAAUCUGUGUAUGUUUUUCCAGCUAACUCGCUAGCUAGCUAAAGUGCUAGCAGUUCGUACAUUCCGAUCGCUAACUUCAUCUGGGUCCACAUCAGUCGAAGUUCACGAGUGUUGUUGUAUAAAAGUUUCUGUAAACUUGAUCGUGUUUUUUGUCUAAGUUAUGUUUAUUUGAGUUGAAAUGUGUAAAAACACGUUAAUGA